UCACAGGCGCGACCAAACUCGGUAGUCCCUAGCGGCAGCAUGGAUCGUCACCUGGCUUCUGCGGGCUCCCGUGGGGAGCUUGGUCGUCUACUACAGGCGGUGCUAACGAGCCGUGGCCAGGCCAAUGCGGUGUUUGACAUCUUGGCUGCACUUCAGUCCGAGGACCCUGAGGAUAUCCAGGAAGGGGUGCGCACGUGCAGCCGACUCUUCGGUACCUUGCUGGAGCGGGAAGAGCUCUUCGUGGGCUCGCUGCCGCCCGAGGACGGGGUCCUGGCAGGAUCCCAGGGAGCCACACACAAAUACAAAGUUUGGAUGAGACACCGCUAUCACAGCUGCUGUAAUCGCCUGGAGGAGCUCCUGACCCAUCCCUCCUUCCAAGUCAAGGAGCUGGCCCUCAAGACACUCAUGAAGUUUGUGCAGCUGGAAGGAGCGAAACCCCUGGAGAAGCCCCAGUGGGAAAGUCACUACCUCUUCCCCCGCACACUCUUCAGGGCAGUGGUAGGAGGCCUGCUCACACCCGAGGAUGACCACAGCCUGCUUAUCUCCCAGUUCUGCGAAUACUUGGAAUAUGAUGAUAUCCAGUACCACACAAUGCAGGCGGCCACAAGCACUGUAGCCCAAGCCACCAGCCAGCAAUCUGAGGUGUCACCCACCUUCUGGAACAAUGCCUUCAUGUUGCUGUCUGCUGUGAACCUGCCCCUCCAAGAGCAUGACCUUACCAAGUUCUAUGUGAAGCACACACAGACAUCAGACAAGUGGAAGGUCAUUCACUUGAAGGAGCACAGAAAAGCUUUCCAGGAGAUGUGGCUUGGGUUCCUUAAACAUAAGCUGCCCCUCAGCCUCUACAAGAAGGUCCUAGUGGCUAUGCAUGACUCCAUCCUGCCCCACCUGGCUCAGCCCACCCUCAUGAUUGACUUCCUCACAAGUGCUUGUGAUGUGGGUGGUGCCAUCAGCCUCCUGGCCUUGAAUGGGCUUUUCCUCCUAAUCCAUAAGCAUAACCUGGAAUACCCUGAUUUCUAUCAAAAGCUCUAUGGCCUCCUGGAUCCAUCCAUCUUUCACGUCAAGUACCGAGCCCGGUUCUUUCACUUGGCCGACCUCUUCCUUUCUUCCUCCCACCUCCCCGCCUACCUGGUGGCUGCCUUUGCCAAACGCCUGGCCCGGCUGGCCUUAACAGCACCUCCUGAGGCCCUUCUUAUGGUCCUGCCCUUUAUCUGCAACCUGUUGCGUAGACACCCUGCCUGCCGAGUUAUGGUGCAUCGUCCACAGGGCAUUAGUGAGCAGCUAGAUGCUGAUCCAUAUGACCCAGUAGAGAAGGACCCAGCCAGGAGCCAUGCCUUGGAGAGCUGCUUGUGGGAGCUGCAGACUCUUCAGCAGCACUACCAUCCUGAGGUAUCCAGAGCUGCCGGGGUCAUCAACCAGGUGCUAUCUGUCCCUGAGGUCAGCAUUGCGCCACUCCUGGAACUUACUGCUUAUGAGAUCUUUGAGCAGGACCUGAAGAAGAAGGCACCUGGGUCAGUGCCCCUGGAGUUCAUCUCAUCCAAAGGCCUGCUGGGCCUACAGGAUCACCUCUGCACCCAGUUCUUCACUCUCACCUGACCUGGCCUCAUCUCCUAAGAAUUUUCUUUUUGUGUCUGAGACAGACUCUCACUUUGUAGCCCAGGCUGGCCUGUAACUUGUGGUCCCCCUGGCUCAGCUUCCCUGGUGCUGAGGCACAAGGGUCUACCACCAUGUCUCUGCGUUCAAAUAAAUUUUUUUUUUUUAAAGGGAGUAUAUCUGGCCAGUCGGGUAUUGGGCAGAGUUGGAAUCUUUGGGCAAGUUUCUUCCCAGAGUCCUCUGCCUUUCUUGUAGCCUGGAGGACAGGACAGAGGGCUUGGAUACUUCCACAGGGAUCCUGGGGAGGUGGCACAGGAGCACUGGGCCCAUUUUGUAAUACGGCAGCCCUGCUAUAUCCAGCUGUGCUUAGUUUAGACUCAUGUGAGGCAGGGUACCCAAGUGGUGUCCCGGGGACACAGAUCUGCCCCAGUCUUCUGGGCUGCUGUAAGUCUACCUGCUCUUUACCACAGAGAGUCUAGUUUCUAUCAGUUUCAUCUGAAGGUUGUUCAAAGAGAUGUCUUGGAUCUGUAGUGAUUCAAGCAGAUGAGAACUUACUGCCCUGUUUCUACUCCCAGUUUGGCUGUUUGGAGUCUGUGUGAACCCAUUUGCAAGGGAUUGGCCAGUAGGCCCUACUGUGCACGACUUGUAAGGCUUUGACAAAAAUGAUGGUGGGUGGAUUUGUUUGCCAUGUGCAGAUUUGGGAACACAGGACUGGCUUCCAUAUGUCAUUGCCUUAGCCACAUUUUUGCUCUCCUCCAGUCAUUCUGGUUCCUGCCUGAGGGCAUUUCUGCUGGAAUUACCACAUUAUUUAAGCUUUGUUUGGAAUGUGGACUUGGUGGUACUCCACAGGUGGAACUGAGCUAUGAGGGUAAGAUGGUUGGGAUCAGCAAGAGGACCCUGGAAGCUCUGUGGGAUGCCCAGAACUUCCUGAGGCCAAGCUUUUGUGGAUCACAUAGAACAGAAGGUAUGGGAGUGAGCAAGCUGCCCAGGAGGAGGCAGAGGAGUCUCCUGGAAGGCAGCUACCCCAUGUUAGUGACUACAGUUGUGAGUCGUCCCUCUCUGUGCUUAGUUCUCUGUGGGCAAUGUGUAUAACAUCUAGUUGGUUCAGGCUCUUUAGGGCCACCUCACAUGUUGCUUGCUUGCAGGGAAAGGCCUGUGGUGUGUCUACACAAGUGAGGACAUACACACUCACUGACUGGCAGUCCCUUAUCAGGCAGAUCUCACACAUGGAUUCUGCCAUUGCAUCCAUGCACAGGGGCCAAAACUGGGAGCAAGCCUCACAGUGAUGUGGGAGUGUCAUAUAUCAAUCUGUUGAUUUCAUUGGUUAAGUUAUAAUAAACCAGCUGCUUGGCCUCAUGGCUUGGAACAUAGAUGGGAGGAGUAAACAGAAUAGAAUUCUGGGCAGAAGAGGAAGUGAGGUCAGACUCUGCUCUGCUUCCGGAGAGACGCCAUGCUCAGCUCUCCCGGGUAGACGCGAUAGCUCUGCACUCUGAGGCAGACGCAUGAAGCUCAGAUCCACGAUGGACGGAGGCUAGAAUCUUCCCGGUAAGCGCACCUUGGGGUGCUUACACACAUCAUUAGAAAUGGGCUAGUCCAGGUGCAAGAAUUAGCCUGUAAGGGCUAGAGUUCAUGGGCCAAGCAGUUCUUUAAAUGAAUACAGUUUGUGUGUUGUUAUUUCGGGCAUGAGCUAGCCAAGGGGCCAGGGUGUUGGGGACGCAGCCCCGCCGCUCAUAUUUCAACAUCACAGGACCGGAUAGCAUGCUGAAUGUUGGAGGGUUUUACCAGUAUGCCAGCAUUUGGUAUUUUCCAUCCCAUCCUAUGCUGGCUCCUGUGGCUCUUGCCUUGGUAAAGGUAUGUUUCUCAUUUCCCUGGGGGGUCUCAGAAGGUAGGUGUUGUACAUAAACUACCAGGGACUCCAGCUCUUAAUUUUCUCCUGCCCACUGUUGCCCUUAAAGUGGUUGCCCAAUCACCUGAUGGCUUUUCCUUUACCACUGGGUCAUCAUAAAUUCAGGCCUUUGAAUACUGCCCAACUGUCAGUAUAGGUUGUUACUGACCAAAGUUCACAUAUUGUUAUCCGUAUGGUUCCUUUGCCAGUCACAUGGUGCUUAUUUUCAUUCGUAUUGCUGCUACCUGCCCAUUCUGGUUUGUCACCCAUGCAGAUACGACUUGUACACCAGCCAUCAGUAUGAACUGGGGAUGUCCCUGCUAGUAUUCAGUCAGGUUUGGCUGGAGAGUCAAUUGCAAGAGGCAGGAGGAGAGGUUCUGGCUUUAAAUGGUGCCACGUCCACAGCAGUGACUGCCGUGUAGUGACAAAAUGCCUCUGCGCUGGCUUUUGCCUGCUGAAGGAUUGGGGUUAGAGCUUCUUGGAGCGAAGCCCCAGGUGGUCCCCCUGGCAAUCAGCAGUCCAGAGAGGACCUGAUGCCCUAGGCAAAUCUCGUAUCUGGAGAUGGCCCUGAGAGCGAGCCCUCCUGACACCUUGCCUGAUCUUUCUCUGUAUUUCUUAACUUUCUUGUUUAUAGCUGACCGCUUACCAAGAGAUCAAAGUACGUCCUUGGCUCGGCUCCACUGUUCAAUAAAGCAGUCCUUGAGGAACUGAAGUAUGCCCCACGCCACAUGAGCCUGGGAAACUUUAUUAUUUAUGAAACAGAAGCGGCUAAGGUUAAUAUGUUACGAGGGAAUCAUCAAGGUGAAUCAGAUUUAGAGAAGAAAAGGAGAGUUAGAGAAAAUUCCCCUUUAUGAAAAGAUUAGCUAGAUCUCAGAAACCCUGGAGUCUUUAUAAUAAGAAGGAAAGAAAGGAAAUUAUUGAUAACAUGAGACUAGUUUUAAUAUAUUGGUAUAAGAACUAUCAUGAGAAAAUGAGAAAACUAUUAGGAGAUAUGGAACAAAGAAUAAAAACUAUAUAGAUGGAAAGCUAAACACAGGACCCUGAGAACUAGUCUCCCACGGUAGAAAGUAAAUAAUGGUGUGAGACAGAAUUCUAAAAGACAAAACAAAACUAAAAGUCCUUGCCAACAUCUUGAGCACGGAAGGGGGAACACGUAGAAAGGAGCACGUAGAAGAAGCUCUAUUUUGGUUAUGCUUAAUCUUGAUUUAUGUCUGGAACCCUGAGUGGGGUGAUGUAAUGCACCUGCCAAGUUCUUUGAUCUGUUUUGUACAAAAACUGAAGCUUUACAGAAGUAAAGUUGCAGCAGAUUUUCACUA